AUGACUCCGCAGAUCUUCGGCGUCAUCUGCCUCGGCGCGAUUGCCCAAGUCUUGGGCGAAUCGAUUUUGUUCUCGAAGGAAGAGAUCGAAGAUAUUAACCUGAACAAGGGUCUAGCCGAUAUCAAUGAAACCAGUACCUUUGGGGAUCUGCUGGAUGCAAUGGGAGAUAUCCCCACGGAGACCCCGCUGGGAUCUCCAGAGGGGGAUGACGAAGAAACGACAACAGCUGAAGAGCCGCCGAAUGGAGAACCGAGCGGCUCCCAAGCUCCGACUAGUACCCCAGACUAUUCUGUGAUACUGGCCGUGGUUCUGGUAACUACCAUUUCGAUCUUCGCUGUGCUGGUCGUCCAAUUUUUGUUGAUGGCUUGGGUUACGAAGAAGUUAUGGCUAUCGAGAAAGAGGGCUGAUUACUCUCAAGAGGUGAGAGGUCAAAACCAUGGUUUUCUUCUUGAGGUACACGGGGUGAGUUCCACCGUCAGAGAACGAGCUAAUCCGAGCCGUUACAGUGGUUCCCGUAUGAGGUCAUUCGAGACCGGGCCUGAGUGCUUCGCGAAAAACCAUAUAUGGCAGCUCCGGGGCGCCGAGAAUGCUCUUGCAUUCCUUGGUCCUUUCAUUCAUUGCCGCAUGCUUGUCGAGAAUGAAGUCAUGACGCUCGAUUCACGAUACUACUACGUCGUCAAUCGAGGCAGAUUGAAGAUACCUGCCAAUGAUAAUGAGGUCCACACCAUCCUCACCAGUGGCUCGUCUUUCGGCGAGUCCGGUCUUAUAGACCCGGUGAGCGAGACACGGAAGAACUGGGCAUCCAACUCCAACGAUAUCAUGUCGUAUGUCCGGAAGUCAUUCAUCCAGCGCACGUUAGCUCUACCUGAUAUUCGUCGAGGCUCGAUGGACGCUCCUGUUCACUCGGAAGAGGCGAGGGCUAUUGAGUGGUGUGACAUCCGAUACGUUGAGAUACGUGUGUGCCGCGAUGUUCUGAAUGUUCAUGGUCAUUUCCUGAGGGACCUGAGGGAAAUCUUGCUGCAUCCCCCGCGAGUAGUGCCUGCCGCUCUUGACGAUGGCAUCGAGAAAAAGAAACAACGCAAGAAGUCAUCAAGGCCACCUUGGGGUUAUGGAUUACCUCUAUCCAAGCGCGGGUCGACCUUGCAGCCUUCUCCUAGGGUAUUGCUCAAACGCCCUCAACCGUUGAUUCGCGGCGAAAUUGAAGCCUGGGCCAUGGAGGAAAGUAUGAAACAAAAGCACGCUGUUGAUAUGAGGGUUGGAAACUACUGCCCUGGCAAGCCAUACAGACCUACCGUAGCAUAA